CCCCACGGUCGCCGCGCGGUCGCUGACUCCCCAGAUCCCCGGCCGACGACCAUGACCACAUCCAUGCAAGGGGGGCAGAGCGCCGCGGGCCGGGCGGCCGCCCAGGACUCGCCGCUGGCCGUGCAGGUGUGCCGCGUUGGCCAGGGCAGGGGCGACGCCCAUGACCCCGUGCGGGUCCCCGGACUGCACGCGCUGUCGCCCGCCUCCGACGCGACCCGCUACGGUGGUGCCGCAGACAGGAGAAAAAAGAAAGAUCUGGAUGUUCUGGAAACGCCAUCUAUUCCCAACCCCUUUCCUGAGCUCUGCUGUUCUCCGCUUACAUCUGUGCUGUCAGCAGGCCUGUUUCCCAGAGCAAAUUCAAGGAAGAAACAGGUGAUUAAAGUCUACAGUGAGGAUGAGACCAGCAGGGCCUUAGAAGUGCCCAGUGACAUCACCGCCCGGGAUGUUUGCCAGCUCUUGAUCCUGAAGAAUCACUAUGUGGAUGACAACAGCUGGACCCUUUUUGAGUACCUGUCUCGCACAGGUGUAGAAAGAACAAUAGAAGACCAUGAGCUGGUGAUUGAAGUGCUAUCUCACUGGGGGAUGGAAGAAGAAAAUAAGCUGUAUCUUAGAAAAAAUUAUGCCAAAUAUGAAUGUUUUAAGAACCCAAUGUAUUUCUUUCCAGAGCACAUGGUGUCCUUUGCAUCUGAGACCAAUGGUGACAGAUCCCCUACACAGAUCCUGCAGAUGUUUUUAAGCUCAAGCACAUAUCCUGAAAUCCAUGGCUUCUUACAUGCAAAAGAACAGGGAAAGAAGUCUUGGAAAAAAGUUUACUUUUUCCUGAGAAGAUCUGGUUUAUAUUUUUCUACUAAAGGCACAUCAAAGGAACCACGGCAUUUGCAAUUUUUCAGCGAAUUCAGCACUAGUAAUGUUUACAUGUCACUGCCAGGCAAAAAAAAACAUGGAGCACCAACUGCCUAUGGAUUCUGCUUUAAGCCUAACAAAGCAGGAGGACCCCGGGACCUGAAAAUGCUCUGUGCGGAAGAAGAGCAGAGCAGGAUGUGCUGGGUGACUGCCAUUAGAUUGCUGAAGUAUGGCAUGCAGCUGUACCAGAAUUAUAUGCACCCAUACCAAGGUAGAAGUGGCUACAAUUCUCAGAGCAUAUCACCCAUGAGAAGCAUAUCGGAGAAUUCCCUCGUAGCAAUGGACUUCUCAGGUCAGAAGAGCAGAGUCAUAGACAACCCCACUGAAGCUCUUUCAGUUGCUGUGGAGGAAGGACUCGCUUGGAGGAAGAAAGGAUGUUUGCGUCUGGGGAAUCAUGGUAGCCCCACUGCCCCAUCCCAGAGCUCUGCUGUGAACAUGGCUAUCCAUCAGUCCCAGCCAUGGUUUCAUCACAAAAUCUCUAGAGAUGAAGCUCAGCAGCUGAUUAUCCGGCAGGGGCCUGUGGAUGGAGUUUUCUUGGUACGGGACAGUCAGAGUAACCCCAGAACUUUUGUACUGUCAAUGAGUCAUGGACAAAAGAUAAAACACUUUCAAAUCAUACCGAUGGAAGAUGACGGUGAGAUGUUCCACACCCUGGAUGAAGGCCACACAAAGUUCACAGAUCUCAUCCAGCUGGUGGAGUUCUAUCAGCUCAACAGGGGUGUCCUUCCUUGCAAGUUGAAACAUUACUGUACUAGGAUGGCUCUUUAGCGAAUCUGUAUGUGACUCACUAAGAAAAAAUAGAAGAAAAAGAUUGCAAAGAAGAAUGUUUAAGGAGAGAGAUAACAAAUAGGCUGAAAUUAAACCAUGGUGAAAAGAAUAUUUCACCUUUGAGUUACAAAAUGGUCAUGCAUUGAAAAUUACUGAAGACUUGGAUUGGCCUUAUACUCAUUACUUACAAUUUAUUAGUUAAAAUUAAAUCUUAGUUAAAAAAAAUGACUUGUUCGUGUUCUUGUGUGAUUAUACAUUCCUAUGGUAUUUUGCUAAAUGUGCAACUUUAAGCAGUGAAUUGUCUUUAUUUACUUUCGUAGCAUCAGAGUUUUCACCAUGAAAUACAAAGGAGAAGUUGGGGGUUGAUACAGGGUUUGGGAGCACAUACUUUAGACCCUGCACUGAUGAGGCAAAGACAUAACAGUCAUGAGUUCAAGGUCUGACUGUGCUGUAAAGUGAGACCCUGUCUCAAAGAACAAGGGUUUGGAUGUAGUCAAGUAGUUCUGCCAUUGCUUGAAGUCCUGGGUUUGAUCCUCAGCACAGCCAAAAGUGAAAACCAAAAACUGGUUCAGAAUAAUUUUUUACACACUGUAUUUCGGCUAUGCUACCUUAAAAAUAUUAAUAAGUAUAAUAAAAGCUUGAGUUAUCAAUUAAAUGAAACUACCUAUAACUUGUUGAUUAUAGUUAUAAACCAUUUUGAACUAGAUGUAUUUCUGAGUUUAAAAUAGCCAAAACAAAAAAGCAAAUCAUAUUGUUAAUUGGGAGCUAAAUUAUUUUUAGAAAAAUUGAUUUUUGUGAUGAUUCAUAAUGUUGUUAAGUCACUAGUUAUACAGACUCCUCUAAUAAUGUACACUUAGUUGCAUAUUAUUGAAAUAUUUUCACUUAUUUAUUUAGUUAUUUAAUUUUUUGCUUUGGUGGAGUGAUUUAUCUUUAAGGAAAUAAUCAAAACAUAGAAAAGGUUGGCAUAAUUAACAUGUACUUCAAGACAUAUAAUCUAUGAUUCUGUGACUGGUCACCCCAAUAUUUCACAUUUAUCUCAUGUUCUGGCUUACACCAUACUCGAGAUCCUUUACCCAAUCAUUUUCCCAAUCAGAGCAGGUGAAAUGAAAGGUUUCAAAUCUAAAAAUCCGAACAACUAAAUCCAUUUUUUCUCUUCUUUGUGUGUUCUUCUUUUAGCUUCUCACUAUGGUAGCUAAUCACUUUGCAAACCUGAAACACUGAGACACUGUCCUCCCUCAUCAUCUCGAGAGCUUUGGGAAAGAACUGUCCUCCUCCUCCUCUUCCUCCUCCUCCUCCUCCUCCUCCUCCUCCUCCUCCUCCUCCUCCUCCUCCUCCUCCUCCGUCCUUUCCUUCUUUGGCUCCUCCUCCUUUCUCUCUUCCUCUUGUUUCUUUCUGUUUCGAUGACUCUUGUUCUCUUUUGGGGCAUGAUAAUAGUUCUUAAAAAAAUGACUAGAAACAAAACACCAGCAAGCAUUAAUAUAUCUUUUUUUAAAACUGACCUUUGUAACAGCACCAUGGGAAAGUUGAAGAUUUCUUUAAAAAUAUUUCAGAAGUGCAUAUUUUAAUCUGAGAUAACAGUGAUGUAUUUUUGGUAACAGAGCAUGGAAAAUAUUCCCAAGAUGCUAUUAAAAUCAGUCAUCACUGAGAUAUAAUGAUUGUCAAACUUACUUUUAUAUUGAAAGCUUAACUCCUGAAGUACUAAAACAUAGGCCAUUUGUCUGUUAUAAAAUCCUGGUCUGGUCUCUCGGAAGGCAUAAAAAUACAGGAUCAUCAAGUGUAUCAGUCCCUCUUCACCUUCCAGAACAGGUCUGAGUAGAUCUGAUUUAUUUCCAAUUUAUAAAUAACACUUUGUGUUUGAGUUAGAAUACAAUUUUAUUAUUUUGUAGACAAUCCAAAUAGAUAAUAUGAUAAACUAUGCUGUUCGCAAUACUAAAUCCUAAUCAAUUGA